AUCUGAAAUUAUUAUUUCUCUUUUUAGACGAUAGAAAUAUAAAAUAUUCAUAAUUAAUCAAUUAUCUACUAUAAUUAUGGUUGGUACUAAUAGUAUUUUUGACACACAAAAAAAAAAGCUAGUGAUUUUGAUAUAUUGCUUUAAAGUUGGUUUUUCAUUAUUUCUUUCUUUAUUAUCAAAUUUUACUUUUCCAAGUAAAAAAUCUGAAGGUAUUAAUUUUAUAGAUUCCUUUCUAUAUACAAUCUUACUUUUCCUAAACAAAAAUAAUAGUAUAACUGUUUAAUUAACUCGGGACGUUAGAUAAAAGAAAUGUUUAAUUUCUUCGGAUGUUUCAUCUUAUAAACCGUUUACCAAAAUCUAAAUAUCUAAAAUGAAAGAUAAUAUUUGAGAAGACCACGAGGAAUACCUGCAUAGAACGAAAUCUUUGAAACAAUUAUAUUUCUUAUCAUCAAAUCUUAGUAAUUGAAAUCUUGUAACAUAUCUGGAAACAACACAAAUAUAGUAACUAGUUUCAAAUAAUUUUAUUUUCCAUUGAUAAUAAUGGGUUUGAUCCAUCGAAUUUUAGCUUUUCCAUCUAGGUUUAGGACAAUCUUAAAAACCUUCAUAAAUUAAAAGAGCUUCUUCUCUGAAUCUUCUUCAGGACAAAAAUUAUAAAACCCUACACAUAUUCAUCCACACGGAGAACCAACAUUCAGCUUUAAUUUUUUCAUCAGGAGAUAUCGAUCGACCCAUCAAUCAAAACGUAGUACAAGUCGUAAAACAGAGCAUUUUUGAUUUAGCGUUAUCAAAGCCUUGUGAAUUGGGUUUCCGGGAUUGUGACACGAUCGCACCGUAACGAUGUCUAGUGAGGUGUCAGUGUCACGGCACAAUAAAAGGAAGGAGAUGUCUCCGUCGUCGUCUAGGUUAUUGUCCUUGCCAGAUGAUGUUGCUCUGAACUGCUUGUCCCGCCUCUCGAGAUUGGACAGCGCGGCCUUGUCUCUGACCUCCAAGAGUCACCGCUCUCUCGUGGUUUCGCCUGAGCUCUGCCGCACGCGUGAGCUAAUGGGUUGUACCGAGGAGUACUACUAUGUCUGCUUAAGCAUCCCUCCUGACCCAACUCCACGCUGGUUCAUCCUCCACCGUGGAGGACCUACUCUAGAUGACGCCGCCGCUGUUAACAACUCUGUGAAUCAACGACUGAGACCGAUCCCAUCGCAUCCCUGUCAGCCUCCAGAAUCGUCCUCUUUCGUGGAGCUGGAUUAUGGAAUCUAUAUCAUUGGUGGAAUCAUAAACGGAAGUCCCACUUCGGAGGUCUUGCGUUUCGAUUGUCUCUCUCACACCUGGAGACGCGUCCGGUCAAUGAGAGUAGCUCGCGCUUCCGCAGCGGCAAACGUGGUAGAUGGGAAGAUUUACGUGUUUGGAGGCUGCGAGGAGGUAGAUUCCUCCAACUGGGCAGAGGUUUUCGAUCCAAAGACCCAAACUUGGGACACCUUGCCGUUACCUGAUGAUGAUCCGGAGAUACGCAAGAACACAAGUAUGAUCGACAAAAGUGUGGUGAUGGAAGGUAAAGUUUAUGCGGUGGACGAGGAGGAUCAAAGCUUCUACUACCUGCCACGUGAAGGUAUAUUUAGAAGAGGGAAUCAUGAUUCUAAGUCGGGAAACAGAAAAGACUGGUGUGCCAUAGGGAAACUGUUAUACUCUUGUGGUACUCGCGGGAAAAUAUUGUGGUGUGAAGCAGAAAAGCUGGAUUGGAGGGAGGUGAUGGGUUUGGAUGCUUUUGACUGGUGUUUAUUUGGUUUAAAAGGGAACUACUGUGCUGAGAACGCUAAUAUCGCGUUGAAGCUCCACUGUACCGAAGAUGGUUUCAGCAGACUGAGCACCAACUCUCGUGGGAACAUUGUGGUCUUCUGGAAGGUGCAUAUCCCUAGUACAAUUGAUAAGAAGAGUUUUCCUGGUCCUGGCAAGUUUCUUAUUAAUAGUACUAAGACGUUGGAGCUUUGGUGUGCGGAGAUUUCCUUAAACAGAAGCCCGGGAGGCGAAAUUUGGGGGAAAAUUGAGUGGGCCGAUCUUGUCUCUGAACUUGAUCCUCUCUCAUAUACUGUUAAGGUCUUCUAGCUACAUGAUCAAUGAAUCACACUCAAUGCAAGUAAGCUUUUGAGGUGUUUGGCCUAUAUAGCUUGUUGAUUUCCUGUCCUAUAUAGCUUGUUUUGUGACUGUCUCAUUGAUGAACCCUUUGAUAUCAAACUCUUUCUGA